AGUUUUUCAUUUCCAUAGCACAGUUAGUGGAAUAUGCUGUUUUCACUAUACUUUUGAGACACAGCAAUUUAAGAUAUUGUUUCCUUGCUUUAAAAGGGGGGAGGAUGAACAAUCAAAGUGUGAUAACUUUGAAUGUGGGAGGACUGAAAUUCAUAACAUGGUCUUCUACAUUGCAGAGAUUCCCUGAGUCUAGGCUGGCAAGAAUGCUCAAUGGCAAUGACCCGGAAUUUAGGCUGGUGAAUGGCAUUUUUUUUGUGGACCGUGAUGGAGUUCUGUUCAGCUAUAUUCUAGACAUCUUACGAACCCUCCAGAUUUCCUUACCCAGUGACUUCUCAGACUACCAAAGGCUGCAGAGGGAAGCUGUUUUCUAUGAGCUCUAUCCUGUGGCCGAUCUUCUAAGUCAAGAACAUUUGCUGAAAUCAAAACUGGAAAUCUUGGAAAUACGGUUCUUGCUCCAAGAAACCCAGGCUUUUUUCCGGGUUUUCGGUUCUUGUAGCCUAACCAUCAGUGAACUUGCUGGAAGGAUCAUGGUCUUUGAAGAGAAACUUACAGGGACAAGCUGGAAAAACCACGAGGUACCGUCACAGAAGUUUCUGACACCCCUUUUUCUGGAGAAGCCUUCCCAUCAUGAUCUUGUUUUUCAGUGCGGCACUGACUACAAUGAUCAGUUUGUAGCAAGAUAUGUUUCUAUAAAACCUGAUCAAAGGAAACUGUUUAGUGGUGCUAAUGUUCUAGGCCUGCUGAUCGACAUCUUACUGAGAGAAGGGUUUCAUUUGAUAAGCACCAGAACCGUCUCAGCUGAAGAAAAAAUUGAAUGUUAUUGUUUAGAAAGAACAAGGCCUCAAGAAGCUCUGGCAAUCAAUAUAGGCCAAACAAAGAGGGACACUCCUGAACCACAAAGGAAGGCAACCCAAAUGCACAAAAGGAAAUAACGUCUACAUGCUAAGAAAGAUAGCAUGAAAUACAAAAGUAGCACCUCAAAUGUAUCAGUGAAACAUACACUUUUGUUGUCACUUUGUCCUUGUCUUACAUUUUUGUUAGGGAUAUAUGUUUAAACUAGGACUGGGAAUCUGCAGAUGAUGUUGAAUUCCAUCUCAUCAACUCUAGCCAGCAUGGUUAAUAUUCCUAAUUUUGAAGAAUUGUAGUCCAACAUCUGAAAGGCUAUACUUCCCCAUCCGAGCUUUAGGUGCCUUUUGGGGUGCCUUUUGGAGGGAUUGGACUACAGUCCCCAUUAUCCCACAACCUGUGGGAUGGUGGGAAUUGUGGUCCGGUCCCUCUGAAGGGCACUCCAUUGUGGAAAGGUGGAUUUAGGCAAUGCUCUUGGAAUAGGAAUCAAUGACAUUCCUUUGAACAACCCUCUCAGAUUGCUUACAGCACUCCUAUCCCCCCUUUUAAAAUAUUAUUUCCAAAUUUAAAAAGGUUCUUUUUGAGGAGUUAAGGAGGAAGUUAUGACCUGAUGGCCCCCAUUUUAUCUAUUGAUGGUGAUGUUUGCUUUAUUACCUUCGCUAUUUGGUUAAAACUGUGUUUUUGUAUUUUGCAUUUUAAUGUGCUUUUAAUUUGUUUAUGGUAUCUGAAUGUUACCUUUGAUACUGUUUUAUAUUGGUUUUAUUUGUCAUAUUUUGUUUCUGUUUCGGCUUGGCCCCAUGUUAGCCGCCCCGAGUCCCUUCGGGGAGAUGGUGGCGGCAUAGAAAAAUAAAGUAUUAUUAUUAUAUUAUUAUUAUUAUAGGUGGCAAAUAAAACAUUAAAGAUGAAUGUUGUCUGUAA